AGAGAUAAUGGAUGGAUGGAUAGAUGGAUGGAUGGAUAAAAAAAGACAAUAUUUAAUUAAAGCUUGUUUCCCCCUCUUUCUCUCUCUCUCCACAGCAUCCUCUCACACUCCUUCUGUCCCUCCCUCUCUCUCUCUGUCUCCCUCCCUGUCUUUUCUCUUCCACCCUCCCUCGUUCUCUAUUUUAAGCAUUUCUCUGUCUCGCUCUCUCCUUCUCAGUUUGCGCACUCGGAGCUCUGAGAUGUCACGGGAACUCUUUCUAUGCCUUUUUUAGUGGAACGGGACUUUUCGAGAACUUUUUUGGUGAAACUCCAAAAUGGGACGUUCAGCUGCCGUGCCGCGCGCGUGCACGCUCCUCUCCGGUAGCGGAACGGAUGCCGGACCGUCACUGCGACCGCUGCACGCGUUCACCCGACACCGUCCGCUGUGACCAUGCGGAACCGGAGCGAGCCGGAAGAGGAGGACGGCGACGACGGCCACCGCGAUCUGGCGCUGCGCGUGCUGACCGGAUGCGCUCUUUCAGCGCUCGUGCUGUGCACGCUCUUCGGCAACGUGCUCGUGUGCACGGCCGUGCUGCGCUUCCGCCACCUUCGCUCCAAGGUCACCAACACGUUCAUCGUGUCCCUCGCGGUGUCUGAUCUCCUCGUGGCUGUGCUCGUGAUGCCAUGGAAAGCCGUCGCGGAAGUCGCAGGGUUUUGGCCCUUUGGCGCAUUCUGUGACAUCUGGGUCACCUUUGACAUCAUGUGCUCCACAGCGUCCAUCCUGAACCUGUGCGUGAUCAGCAUGGACAGGUACUGGGCUAUAUCGAGUCCCUUCCGAUACGAGCGCAAGAUGACCCAGCGCGCCGCAUUUGUCAUGAUCGGUGUCACGUGGACUCUAUCCGUGCUCAUUUCGUUCAUACCGAUCCAGCUAAACUGGCACAAAGCCAGCAGCGGAGCAGAGAUCGUGCGAGGGUUUAACGGCACCGGCACCACAGCGCGCGCUCUCACGGACGCCGAACAGAACAACUGCGACUCGAGCUUGAACCGGGAGUACGCCAUCUCCUCGUCGCUCGUGAGCUUCUACAUCCCCGUAGCGAUCAUGAUCGUCACCUAUACUCGUAUCUACCGCAUCGCACAGAUGCAGAUCGGUCGAAUCGCGUCUCUGGAGCGCGCGGCGGAACACGCGCAAAGCUGUCGGACCGGCAGCCGUGCGCUCGUGUGCCAGCAGCAACACAGCACCCUCAAAACGUCCAUCAACCGCGAGACCAAAGUCCUCAAGACCCUGUCCGUGAUCAUGGGUGUGUUUGUGUGCUGCUGGCUCCCGUUCUUCAUCCUCAACUGCAUGGUCCCGUUCUGCGCGAGACGCCGAGAGAACAGCGGCGGUGAGAAGCGCGCGGGCCUGCCGUGCGUCAGCGAGACGACCUUCGACGUGUUCGUCUGGUUCGGCUGGACGAACUCGUCGCUCAACCCAGUGAUCUACGCGUUCAACGCCGAGUUCCGGAGAGCCUUCGCGAGCCUGCUGGGCUGCCGGCGCCUGUGCGCGAACACGCCGGUGGAGACCGUGAACAUCAGCAACGAGUUCGUGUCCUACAACCACGACACGCUGGUGCACAAAGAGAUCGCCGACGCGUACGUGAACAUCAUCCCCAACGUCGUAGAGUGCACGGACCACGAGGACACGUUCGACCGAAUAUCGCAGCUCUCGCGCCAGGAUGAAGAGGAUGAAGAUGUCGCGGUCACGGACUCGGCGGAAAUCAGCUUGGGCAGACUGUCACCUUUCAGCAGGAACGGAAUCCGCUGAAGUCGUGCGCAGGAACAAGUAGGAACGAGUUCGUGGUUCGAAUACACAGCAAAGUCCUCGACAGUGCAGAAUUCACACCUUGAACACUCAGUCACUUCUCAAGCAUCUCAUCUCAUUAUCU